AUGGCGCCGCCGCCUCCUUCCAGGACGCCCCCGACGCCACCUGCGUCCAGGACGCCGCCGACGUCGCCUCCAGCCAGGACGUCGCUUCCUCCUCAGGGCAUCAGCGCCAGCAACAACGCCACCGCCUUGGGCGCCAAUCGAUAUAUUGAAGCCACCCUCGAACUAGAAGAUGAACAUGGGUUCUCUCAUCCAUAUAGCACCAGCCGUUGCCGUUGUCAUGACCAGAGUGGCUUCUUUUUGUUAGAGGACUUGCCACGGGUGAGAUCUGGACUCUUUAUGUUCAUUGCAAGAGGGGACUUCCAGUGUAGCUUCAAGCUGGAAAACAUAGCCUUUAAAAUGGGUGAGAUUGAGUUAGAACCUGAUAGACAAACACUUUCAGCUGCUGAGGAGAACAUGAUUUUCCAGUCAUGCUACAAAGAAACCACACAGAUCAAAUCAUCCAGAGUACAUGGGCAUGGAUACUUGGCUAAGUAUCGAACUCACAGAGAACUUAUGAAAGAGAACCUUGAAGUACAUGCACGUGCUGAAGCUGUAGCCAAGGAGAAGAGAAUUGCUUAUGAAGUAGAGGUUGAGAAGCUGAAAGAUCAGCUUGCACACGAAGCUGCAGAAAGGGAAAGGGAGAAAGAAGAAAAUAGGAGACAGAUGCAAGAGGAUCUGGAAAAUGCUAAGAUAGCACUAAAAAAAGAAAUGAAGCAAGAAUUUCUUAAUAUGCUAGCGCAGCACAAAGCAGGAACUAUGAAUCAGAGUAUCCCGCAAAACAAUGACAACAUACAAAUUGCACCAACCACACAAGAGGACGAUGAGACUGGUCAACAUGCAAAUGAUGAAAAUAAAGAUGCGUUACAGCAGGUAAAACAGAUUGAACAAUUUAAUCUUUGUAGACACAGCUAG